AUGCAUUAUUUCCCCUGUAAAUAUCAAUCCGCGUUUGAUGCCGGAAUCGCGGAUCGAUGCAAAAAUAGUUGUGAUGACGAAACCUUAAUAUCUCCUAUUCGCGAUGCAUUUGAAAAUGCUUCUGCAACAAUUGGUGAUGCUUUAAAAGGAAUAUAUUUUGGCACAUUCGACGGUUAUCACUACGUCUACCCCUGUGAGUCUACUCCCACUUCGUGCAAUGCUUAUGACCCCCGAAUUCGACCGUGGUUCCUUGACGCCCAAGAAGGAAGAAACAAAAAAGUUCAGUUCAGAGAAGACUGCAAAGAAAAGAGCUUUAGCGGGUUCGAGGGGACGAGAAUUUUCGAAGUUUUGGAAGAUCUUCACAAGUGCAACUUUACGGAAGAAAUUGAAACCUGCGAUGGCUCAGCUGCUUGUUUAACCUGCGAAGACGAUGAUCUUCGUUUAGGAGAAGAUUGGAGCUUCAAGGAGACGCUAGAAGAGUUUAAUUCUCUGAACGCGACUUUGUGGGAUCUCAAAUUCAGUAAAUUGACAAAGAAGCCGAGUGAAGAAAACAGCACCUCGGUGCUCGGUCUUCAAUACAACGAUGCAUUUAGAUUCGGGGAAAUAAAUACAGUCUCUCGAUUGAUGGAAACGGGUAUCAUAGGGCUGGACAUCGAUAUCUUGACUAGAGGCCCAAGAUUGAAGAAUCCACUGUUCAAGGGCAUUUUUGACUCGAAAUUCAAAUCAGAAAUCUUCUUCCUGGACUCCUUUGGCAAUUUCGUUUACCAUCCAAAGACUCUCACACCGCAAUACGAAGAGAAAUUAAAGAAUAAAACAGAGGAGACAGAUAAUUGCGGAAGUUUAUCAUACGAUGACAUGGAUUUUUUCUAUGAAAAUUGGGACUCUUCAGAUUUUGCGAAGGACGUUGAAGAAAUGAUAUCUGAGGGAUCUGAAGACACUAAAUCGAACGAUGACUACGAGAUAUUCAAAGUUAACUCAGCUGCUAGUUUUCUACUCAUGGUUGUAAAGUAUCAUGAGGGCGAAAAAGCUGUAUUAGAUGAGUGGGCACAACUUUAUGAAUCGGGCGCCGAUCCUCUUUUUAACAUUGAGGAAUCAGAGUGCAGUUUGAUUAUGGAUCAAAAAGUCUGCUUCGGAGAGAAAAACUCACCAGUUCUCCUCAUGGAUGCGGUCGAGAAAAUACCCGGAGGCGAGGAACUUAGAUUCAGUGAUGGAUUCAAUGAGUUCGAGUCAAGAGAUGAGAUGCUCGAUGCGUUUGAUGUGGGGGACGAAUAUAUCAAUUUGAACGUAAACUGUGGAAAAGCAACAAUGAAGGAAUGCUGGGAAGAUUAUAAAAGCUGUCUGACGACUCAGGCUCUCGUCGAUAUUUACCGAUUCGAUGGACUGCAAGAAAUUUUGAGAAAAUCAGAAACUUGUCCUGGUCAAUACAGAGUCGUUGCUGUGACGCCCUCUGGCUUGCUUUACUCAUACCCUCACUACGAGAUUAAUGCCGAUUAUCCGGUCCUUUUUGAAUCUUGGUACAUCAAUGCCUGGCAAAAAGAAGGGUGGCAAGAGGAACCGCGGGAAAAAGACGGAUAUGACGUGAUAAGCAAAGCUUUUUUCGAUGAACAAGAACUCUUGUUCGUCCUUGCCGUUCACUUGAAACAUCCGAAUUCGACUAUUCAAGGUUGGCCUCAGAUUGAUGCUUACAAGGCAAAAUACUACGAGCCAGUCUACCUUGAAAAAAUGACCAAGGAAGAGAAGAGUGUUUCGUACAAUUGUAUGGAAGGAAAAUUUCUAACUCUUCCGAAAACCUGCACGUUUUUGGACAACAAUGAUUGCACGAAAUCGAAUGACCUUGUAAAAGCUCUGAACGGGGUCAAAAUCGGAUGCUCAGAGCCAUUAUCCUGGGCCCCAGCAUUUGCAUCUGUCAUCGUAUCGGUCAUUUUGGUGCUCCUGACCAUGUAUAUUUUGAAAUUGUAUCACAAAAAGGAAGAUAGAGCUCGAAAUGAACUUCAGAAAAACCCUGAAGCUAAUUCUGAAGAUUCCUGCUGUAUAAUUUUGUAA